AUGAAGUUCUCCCAUAGCAUUCAGUUCAAUGCUGUUCCUGAUUGGAGUAGCCAUUACAUCGCAUAUAGCAAUCUCAAGAAAUUAAUCUACGGGCUCGAGAAAAAUGUUCAUCAAUCAGCUGUCUCCGAUGUCGAAACGCGACCGCUCUUACGAAACGAAGAUCCCGAAACUGUGUUCGGUCGCGCUUUGGAUGUGGAAAUAGAAAAGAUUUCGUCUUUUUAUGUUGUCAAGGAGAAAGAGCUAUUCGACGAUGUCGACGAUCUGAUGCGCGAUAUCGAGUCACUUGAUGCGGCUGGCCAUGGCGACCCUGAACUUGCUCAAAGACCCCAUAUGCAGCAGUAUCCUGCCAGCGAGCAAGUGGUACAUACUCUUGGUACUCGGAGCACUAAGAGCACCCGCAGUACGCGCAGUACGCGUUCGACUGACGACGGUGCAGACGAUAGCGAUGACGACGACGAAGAUCAAGAUGAAACCUCAGCCUUGAAUAGGAGGCGCCGCUCCAGCCUUGGCGGCCGACGACGCACCGCCCCGAGUGCCAUGUUUGCUUCUACAGAUUUGACGGCUUCAACAGAUUUUACCAGGUCGCGCAGGUACAGUAUUGGAUACGAUGAUUAUACCGAGACCGCCCAGAUGUAUUCUUCCGGCAUCAUGCUGAAGAAGCGCAUCAUCAGCCUUUACGUGCAAUUGUGCGAGCUCAAGUCAUAUGUACAACUGAACAAGACCGGCUUCAGCAAGGUGCUCAAGAAGUUUGACAAGAUCAUCGACAAGGAGUUUCGGCCAAAAUACAUGAGGGAUGCCGUCGAGAUCUCAUAUCCCUUCCUUCCCGAGACGGUCAGGCACGUCGAGGAGAGAAUUGCUAAGAUGGAGAAGGCUUAUGCUGAUGCGGUAACACAUGGCGACUUGGCACUUGCUAAGAAGGAUCUUCGGUCGCAUCUUAGGGAACACGUCGUCUGGGAGCGAAACACGGUAUGGAGAGAUCUUAUCGGCCUUGAGCGUCGUGCCGAGGCUGCAAGCUUCGGAAAAGGUCUCCUCGGUGCUCAGAAUGACGGGAUCAAGGUGAGACUACAAGGCGACGAUGCUCCACCAACCCCUAUGAAACAGAUCGAGACACCGGUGGGACGCUUCGCUUGUCCGACUUGGCUAUUCAGUUCCACUCUGUUUAUACUUCUUGGUAUUGUGGCCAUCUUUCUAGUUCUACUCUCCGUUCCUAUCAUGGAGAUGCCCGAGCAGCAAAGGUGUUUAGCUAUGCUGGUGUUUGUGAGUUUGCUGUGGGCUACCGAGGCAAUCCCUCUCUUUGUAACUUCUCUAUUGAUCCCUUUCCUCUGCGUGGUUCUCAGAGUCGUCCGUGACGACCUACCGCCGUAUAAGAGGUUGGACUCUGUAGACGCUACCCCUUACGUCUUUGCGGCCAUGUGGACGCCUGUUAUCAUGCUGCUUCUCGGUGGAUUCACCCUUGCAGCAGCUUUGUCCAAGUGUAAGAUAGACAAGCGGAUUGCGACCUUCGUCCUUAGUAAGGCGGGCACGCAGCCGAGGACUGUUCUCAUUGCCACCAUGUUCGUGGCGGCCUUUGCCAGUAUGCUCGUUAGCAAUGUAGCAGCUCCUGUUCUCUGCUUUUCGAUUAUUGAGCCUAUGCUGCGCAAUCUUCCAUCGGACUCCAACAUGUCCAAGGCGGUGAUCAUGGGUAUAGCGUUGGCUUCUAACGUUGGCGGCAUGCUCUCGCCUAUCGCCUCGCCCCAGAACGUUUUCGCGCUCAGUGUUAUGGAGCCGGCACCAACUUGGGGCGAGUGGUUUUUUGUUGUGAUCCCUGUGGGCAUCAUAUCGAUUCUUCUCAUCUGGACCCUCCUUCUUCUCACCUUCCAGCCUGGCAAGGGUACCACCAUCGUGCCGAUUAGGCCUGUGAAAGAACGAUUUACCGGCUUACAGUGGUUCGUGUCGAUUGUAUGUAUUGCCACCAUCGCUCUGUGGUGUGCAAGUCAUCAGCUUAAGUCGACUUUCGGUGACAUGGGCAUUAUCGCCAUUAUACCUAUCGUGCUAUUCUUCGGCAUUGGUAUACUCACUAAAGAAGAUUUCAAUAAUUUCCCGUGGACAAUCAUCAUUCUCGCGGCGGGAGGAUUGGCCCUUGGCAAGGCUGUGAAGUCGUCGGGGCUCCUCCAUCUGGUAGCCGAGAGAAUCUCGCAAGAGGUGAACGGAGUAGAUCUCUAUGGAGUGCUACUGAUAUUUUCAAGCUUGACCUUGGUAAUCGCGACUUUUAUUAGCCAUACAGUGGCUGCGCUAAUCAUCCUACCGCUUGUGUCGGAUAUUGGAAAGGGCAUGGACGAACCGCAUCCUAACCUACUUGUUAUGGCUGCGGUACUCAUGUGUAGCGCAGCGAUGGCAUUACCGACAAGCGGAUUCCCCAAUAUGACAUUCACGGCUCGCCCUAUUAUCGAGCUGAGGCCGCGCGACAAGUCCAAAAUAGAAACAAUACUAGCUUAUGGCGACCGCGUUCUUGUCGGGUUAAACACGGGUACCUUAAGAAUUUACCGCCUCAACGAACUCUCAAAUCCUACGGACCUUUUACGUGAGGUAGAGAAGUUCUCGACUCGCCCCAUCGAGCAGCUCGCUAUCAUCAAAGAAUCUAACACCAUCAUUUCCCUUUCCAACUACCACGUUUCCCUUCACGAUCUCCAAUCUUACGAGUUAAUCGAAACCCUACUCCAGACUAAGAACGCCACCUGUUUUGCCGUCACUAGCAACAUAGUAAAGGAUGCCGCCACCGGCAUCCCAGAGAUUAUUAGCCGGCUCGCCGUAGCUGUGAAACGGCGCCUCUUGCUAUGGAGCUGGCACGAGAGCGAGUUACAUGAUGAAGUUACCGAGAUCGUGCUCCCCGAAGCUAUUAGGACCCUGACCUGGGCAAAUGCGAGUAAGAUAGUCUGUGGUAUGAAUGCGGGAUACGUACUGGUUGAUGUGACGACUUUGGAAACCCGCGACAUCGUGGGAUUGGGUGCCACGGCGGCUGGAGGACAGGGCAGUAGGUUCGGUGCGGCGAGCAUGGGCUACAUGGGACUUGGCGGUUAUAUGCCAAAACCGCUAUCUACGAGGCUAGCCGAGGGGCAAAUGCUGCUCGCUAAAGAUAUCAACUCAUUAUUCAUUGACAUGGAUGGGAGGCCGAUGGAGAAGCGCCAAGUGCCGUGGCAAAGCGCCCCCGAGAGCAUUGGAUACAGUUAUCCUUACAUCUUGGCCCUUCAGCCGCCUGCCAAAGGAACAUUAGAAGUCAGAAACCCAGAAACUUUGAGUCUGCUGCAGGUAAUAGAGCUCCCCGGGGCGGCACAGCUGCAUUUUCCGCCACCCACUGUCAGUCUCGCCCAUGCCGGAAAGGGAUUUCAUAUCAGUAGCGACAGGGUCAUAUGGAAAAUGGAGGCUACAGAUUACGAUACUCAGGUCAAGGAAUUGAUGGACAAGGCCAAUUAUGACGAAGCUAUAAGUGUCCUUGGUAUGCUUGAAGAUGCAUUACUGAAGGAUAAGACUGGCACCCUACGCGAGGCCAAGAUGCUAAAAGCGGAAGUACUGUUCAAGAAAAGGAAAUUCGCGGAAAGUCUGACGUUGUUUAACGAAGAUGAGGUUCACGCGCCUGCUCAGAGGGUACUGAGGUUGUACCCUAGGAUAAUUGCCGGUGACCUGUCUGCUGAACCUGCACAAGAGGAAACUUCCGAGGAAGAAGAGGAACAAGAGGAGGACGAGAAGGUCAACGGCGGUAAAGCUGCUAAGACGGAUGGCUCUAUUGAGGUUGCAUCUCCAUCCAAGCCAGGCGCCUUCGCAAAAUACUGGAUGGGACACCGCAAAACAGACUCUGAUACCGCCUCCAUCGCAUCCUCUAAGAGGGGCGGGACCGACAAUGAAGAUACCGCAAGCGUGAGAGUCAACCCGAAGAAGAAGAAGUACAUGGACGAAGAUUGGCCAUUGGAAGGAAAGGACUUAAUCAAGGCCGUUCGCGAACUCAACGGUUACCUGGCUGGCACUAGAACUCGUCUACAGCGAUGGAUCGACCCUGCAACUGGGAAGUUGAAACCGCGCAAAAUAGAAGCUAACAAUGGUUCAAUAGUAAACUUGCAAGAGAACCUUGACAUUCUACUCACAAAUUCACAUGCAGAAUCCGACGAGCAACUUGAGCAAGAGCUCAAGCAAACCUUCACUGUAGUUGAUACAGCACUGUUCCGUGGCUUAAUGUUUGUCACUCCAGCCCUUGCUGGCUCUCUCUUCCGCAUCCCGAACUUCUGCGAUCCCGCAGUAGUAAAUGAGCAUCUACUGAAGCACAAUCGGUAUAAUGAGCUAGUUGAUUUUUUUCAUGGUAAAAAGCUACACCGCGAGGCGCUCGAACUCCUUCGCAAGUUCGGUAACGCAGAAACGGACGGCGAAUCAGCUAAGCUUGACCUCAAUGGACACCUCCGGGGCCCUCAGAGAACAAUGAUCGACAUCAUUCUCGAGUUCGCAGAGUGGGUUCUACGACGAGAUCCUGACCAGGGAAUGGAAAUUUUCCUGGCCGACAGCGAAAAUGCCGAGACCUUGCCGCGAGAAAGGGUUCUCCGGUAUCUCGGCGCUAUUGAUGCCAAUCUAGAAAUCCGGUACUUGCAACAUAUCAUCUCGGAGCUGGAAGAUGGCACUCCGGACUUUCACAAUCGCUUGGUAGAGCUACUGAUCCAAGCACUCAAAGAAGGCGAGCGAGACGAAUCAUGGGGCGAGAAGCUCAGGAGUCUGGUGGCAUUUCUAAAGUCAAGCCAGCAGUACAGUCUAAGCAAAGCGCUAAGCAUAAUUCCCCGCGAUGAUCCGGCAUUUUACGAAGCACGGGCAAUAAUAUUCAGCAAUAUGGGUUCGCAUAAGCAAGCACUGGAGAUUUACGUGUUCAACAUGCAGGACUACGUCAAAGCAGAGGAAUAUUGCAACCAUAUCCACUCGCUGCCUAGCUCUCGCCGGGAAUCCUUUGCCGCGUCAUCUUCUUCUAUAGAUGAGGAAGAUCGAGAUCCCGACUCGAAGCCAUCCAUAUACCACAUGCUUCUCUCGUUGUACCUCAACCCACCAUCGCCCAACAAGCCGAAUUUAGGCCCAGCCUUAUUACUCCUCUCGAGACACGGUUCGCGUCUCCCAGCAGAAUCAACAUUGUCCCUCAUACCAGAUGAUCUGCCUGUGACAGAGCUCGAGUCGUAUUUUCGCGGUCGGAUUCGCGCAGCUAAUAGUGUAGUGUCGGAGUCGCGUAUCGUCGAGGGGCUCCGAAGAACACAGCUCGUGAAUACGCAGGCGUCGCUCCUGCUCGGCGACGGCAUUAGUGGAGGGCAGAGUGGGCGCAGCAGAAAGGUUAUUGUCGGCGAGGAAAGGGUGUGCGGCGUCUGCCACAAGAGGCUAGGCAACAGCGUGGUAGCGGUACUCCCGGAUAAUAGCGUGGUCCAUUACGGAUGUCUAGGUAGGCGAGGGCGUAGCAUGAGUGGUAGCCGGAACGAGAUGAUCGCUGGUUCGUGGGGGAGGCACGGGUAG